UAUCACAUACUAUGCUGUAUUAAAUUCGAUCCUAAAACUAAGCUCCCAUUCAUAAUGGUAUUUAAAGCGAAACGACCUGUUUUCAGUUCCAGUUCUACCAGAGUAUUUCUCCCAAAUGCACUUUAACUUCACGACUGGCAAAACGGAAACAAUGUCAGGACCUCAAACGCAUCAAGUAACAAAUCACACGAAGACACUAACGCAUCAAUGUCCGCAUCGUAAAGCUGUGUCAAGCCAACAAUCAUUUUACAUGGGCAUUAUACUAUCUGCGAAGCCACUCGUACAAGUGUUGGCUAACUUUGCGUUUGGACCAAUUACCGAUAAGAUUGGUUUCGAUGUUCCACUACUUGCCGGUUAUAUUGUAAUGGCAACGUCCGCAUUGAUGUUCGCUUUCGGCAAGUCAUUCGUAUUUCUGUUGGUGGCGAGGGCUAUUCAAGGUAUUGGUUCGGCCGCUACAGCGACUGCCGGGCUAAGUUGGGUAGCUGACACAUACACAGAAAAGGUUGAACGAGGUUGGGCCAUUGGCAUGUCGUUUGGUGGUCUCGCGCUUGGUGUAUUAGUUGGACCGACGUAUGGGAGCUUGAUUUACCAAUAUGUUGGAAAGGAAUAUGUGUUUAUUAUCUUAGCCGUAAUGGCUGUAUUAUUAAUAGUUGUUCGGCUGACAACACGAAAAAUUAGAAUAUUUAGAAGGCCAUCAGAUGAAAUGGGUUCAUCCAUUUUUACAUUGCUUAAAGAUCCCUAUAUUCUUGUGGUAGCUAUUUCGUUAACCGCUGGAACAUCUUCAAUAACAGCCCUGGAGACGGCGCAACCAACGUGGAUGCUUAAAACUAUGUGCCCAACCAAGUUGGAUUUAGGGCUUUCAUUUCUUCCAAUUACUGGCAUGUACCUCAUUACAACAUACGGCAUAGCGUUUAUGGGCCACAAAGUGGCAAGGUGGAUACUUUGUUUGAUUGGGUUCUAUUUGCAAGUAGUUGGACUCGUUAUUUAUCCAUUUGUACGCACGGUACCCGAAGUAGUAGGACCUGGUUGUUUAAUUGGCAUUGGCAUUAGUUUUAUCGAUGGCUUACUUCCGGUGCUGGCUUUUUUGGUCGACACAAGACACAAACCAAUAUACGGAAGCGUUUGUGCAAUUGCUGAUAUAUCAUUUUCGUUUUCUUACGCAUUAGGGCCUUUAAUAGCGGGAGCUGUGAUGGCCAAAGUUGGAUUUAAAUGGGUGAUGUGGGGAAUCGGCAUUAUAUUUUUUUUAUACGCUCCAAUUAUUUCCGUGCUAAGUAAAGUGACCGUUAAAGAUGAGGAAGCUACGCCACUUUUGAAAGAAGUUGAAGAAAUAGAGAACACAGUCGUUCGUGGUACAGCAAACACAAAUGAUAACGACAAUUAAAGUUUACAAUAUUGACAUUUAAGCGUGCUAGUAUAUAUCCAAGCAUUUUUUAUUUGGUGGUUGCGGGGGUGAAAUUUUUCAUGUUGCUAUCAAAGUCCACAGAAAUCACUGAUUACAAUCAAUAAUAUCUAUAGAAUUUUGUGACCAAAACUAUAGGGUUGUGUCUUCACAACUUUAUACCGAAACCACGAUCGUUAUUAAUUGUAAAAAUAAGGUUUUAAGAAAUAUAGAAUGUUAUGUACUAAAUGUGCUCAUCUUUCCCACAGUAAUAUAAAAGAAGGCAUUAUAAUCAUAUUUGGCUCGCUGUGGCAAAGUGGUUAGCUAUCCCAGUGUUUAAAGGGGCAUAUCAACGAAAAAAAGUGCAUUGAUAGAGAUGCUCAAACGUGACCUAAAAGUACCAUCAAAUUUUGGACUUGGUAUAAUGAAUGCUUCUUUUUAAGAUGAAAAUGUAAAUUGAACCUAGCUACAUACCAGAAUAUGCUAACUCAGCAUUUUUUCAAACCCAAUGUACAACACGAACAACUGACUUUUUAUAAAGAAAAUGGUACAGCAGGUAGCAGUAAGACUAUG